CUUCAACUUACAAGCAUUCGACAACGAAGUUCGGCAUCGGCAUCCCGCGUCACUUGUCAAUUUACACUUUACAGUUGGAAAACGGCAACCGCCUCCUUACAUGAAAUAGUGAAACAAGCUUUAAGUUAUCAAAUAGAAGGUUCUAAUACGAAAAUGUCGGCAUAUGAAUCUCACGCUUACUUUACAGGGAAUGGAACAUACAAAGCUAUAAAUCCAAUUCUUUCUAAAGUGGGCGACUUCACGCCGUUUUAUAUCGCUAUAGCGAUCUGCUCGGUUAUAUUCGGAGCUCUGCUCAUCUUGAACGUCGUGUGCUGCUGCUCCAGAUACUCCGACUAUUGGCUGGAUCGACACACGGGAAACCGCUGGAUUGUGUCUAUUUGGUCGGCAACGCCACACAAACAGCCACCACUGGACUUUACUGAACUCGAGAGUCAAUACCAACAGGUUCAGUACGUGCACCCAUUCCACAGUGAGGACUACCAAGAAGUUCACAGGCACGGUUCAGAAGUAGCCGCUUCAAUUUCACGGCAGCCCCUGACGACCUCUCAAGAAUACCUCGAAUUGCACAAAAGAGAAAGUGAUAUUUAA